CCAUAGUUAGCUUGUUCCCAGUGACUACAGUGUGUGGAAGGCUGAAGCCAGUGAAACCUGCGACAGACAAAAAAAGCCAAUAUAUCGCGAACUGUUUCUCUGCACUUUAAUCUAAAAGGGAGAAACUGUAAAUACGCUAUUUGGUGUUUAUUAAACGUCCAUUAUUCAAGUUACGUACUUGUUAGCUAGGCGGCUGUCUCCUGGUUGCUGUGUGUGUGUCGCCGUUUCUCCCUGGAGCUAACACUAAGGGGGACUCCAUGAAAGAUGACAGAGGAGGUGAUUGUUGUAGCCAAGUGGGACUACACGGCCCAGCAGGACCAGGAACUUGACAUUCGUAAAAACGAGCGUCUCUUCCUGCUGGAUGACUCUAAAACAUGGUGGCGCGUCCGCAACACGGCCAAUCAAACGGGCUAUGUGCCGUCAAACUAUGUGGAGCGCAAGAACAGCCUGAAGAAAGCCUCGCUGGUGAAGAAUAUCAAGGACACGCUCGGUUUGGGAAAAACAAAGAGGAAGACAAGCACCCGUGAUGCUUCCCCGACACCAAGCUCGGACACAGAAUACCCCUCCAAUGGCGGUGGAGGUGGGGGCACAGGAGGAGGCGCAGCGGAGAGAAUCUACGAUCUCAACACCCCCGCCGUGGUCAAGUUCACCUACACAGCGGAGCGGGACGACGAGCUGACCCUGCUGAAGGGCUCCAGGGUGGUGGUCAUGGAGAAGUGCAGCGACGGGUGGUGGCGGGGCAGUCAGGCAGGCCGCGUGGGCUGGUUCCCGUCCAACUAUGUCCAGGAGGAGCUGGGUGAGGCUCAAGACAGACUGGAUGAGGCUCAUGACAGAGUUGGCGAGGGGGGUUCCUCGCGGGUCUACCACACCCAAGGGACCUUGCUUGCCAACGGGAGCAUCGGGGGCCGGAGCAGCGUCCUCGACCUGGUUCAGACGCUCUACCCCUUCAGUUCUGUCACAGAGGAGGAGCUUAACUUUGAGAAGGGUGAGAUCAUGGAGGUGGUGGAGAAGCCGGAGAAUGACCCUGAGUGGUGGAGGUGUAAGAACUCGCGCGGUAUAGUGGGCCUGGUACCUAAAAACUAUGUCAUGGUGCUGGACGAGCAACCUGGUCACCCACCGCCCUUCACGACGGGGUCCCCGAAGAAUCGCUACCUGGCGCCAGCACGGUCGGGAAAGUUUGCAGGGAGGGACUGGUACUACGGCAACAUUACCAGGCACCAGGCAGAAUGUAUACUCAACGAGAGAGCUGACGAGGGUGACUUCCUCAUACGGGACAGCGAGUCAUCGCCAAGUGACUUCUCAGUGUCUCUGAAGGCCGUGGGCAAGAACAAGCACUUUAAAGUGCAGCUAUCCGAUGGUGUUUACUGCAUCGGCCAGCGCAGGUUCAACUCCAUGGACGAGCUGGUGGAGCACUACAAGAAAGCCCCUAUCUUCACCAGUGAGCAUGGAGAGAAGCUGUACCUGGUCAAAGCACUGCUGUGACCCCCUCUAACACUGGAUCCCCCCCCCUCCCACUUAUACACACAUAAUACACAACACCACUCCCUAGCUGUCUUAAUCCAGGCUUUAUCUGGACCUUCUCUGGUGGCAGCCACACACUAUGGCAACAGCCUCUGUCGCCCCCCAGCGGCCAUCAGGUGAAGCUGCCUCUUAAGACCAACAGGUGAGAAGUUCCACCCCAACAUAAAAACAAAAAGCCUUUUUUCAGGGGCCUCCAACACUGUUGCUCUUAACUAAAAAAAAUGGACAAACAUUUAAAGAAAUAUUUGCAAGGCGCUGUCAAACUGAUGUUUUAUUUUGAUUUGUUUUUCUCUUCAGAGUUGUCAAUCAUCAUUGCACGUCACUAAGUGACCAGACUCACUCUCUUGCCUUUCUGUCCAAAAUUUCACCCACUCAUGGAUAGGGUUGGGCAUCAGUUUGUUUCCUUGUUUCAAUUCCAGUUCCUAAUGAUUCCCCAUUCCAAUUCUUUCUUUCUUUCAAAGUCUUUUUACUUAGGACGUGUUCAUAAAUGAUUUUUAUUUAUGAAAAUCUCAUGAAAAAAAUAAUCAUUUAGACAUCCUGUUUAUGCGCUGGAGGGUAAGUUUCACUUAACCAUAUUAGUGAGUUCCUAUUAACCUGCGUGCAGAAUAUCAAACAAGUACGGUGAAUGGAGUAACACUUGAUACACGUAGUCUGAUCAACUUCCUGGAUAAAGGUAGUGUUAUCAUCAGGUCAUGCGUGGAUACAAACCCGGCUGGUUAGAAAAAGUCUGGUGCCGCGUGUCAAAAACAGCACCAUAUAUAAUAUGAAAGCGUUUUACAUGUACAUUCAUUUUCCAUGCAGAAUUUCAGCCAGACUUUGAGCACCAUUGCUCACAUGGUUAAAAUGAAUGAACAAAAAAGCUGCCUGCUGGUUCUUCUUCGUUGGUGUUAUGCGGCCACUUUUUUAUCACCGAUAAAAGUAAAAGUAGUCAUCGAAAUUUUAAAAAAUGCUACUCCAGGUGCCCAUUAAUGCUGAUUGAUGCCCAGCCUUACUCAUGGAUAUAUUUUUCAGUUUUUUUGUUUUUUUCUUAAUAUUCUGACUCAUUUCGGUCCUUACGUACACACCUGAGUAAAAAUUGUGAACAUUUGAGGCCAAAAUUAUUCAUAUUUUGAGUUAAAGUGCAUUUUGAUGUGGUGAAUGGGUGUCUUUUCGGUUGAAAUGAUUUUGCCUUUUCUCAAGCUUCCAUUUUGAAAAUGCCUCCUCUACGUUAUGAUAGAUAGUUUCCAGGAUCCUUUAGAACACUGGUUCUCACAACGUUUUCUUCUUUUUUUUCUGCAAAUACCACCCAAAAAAUAUUUUGCCUUGCAUGUACCUUUGUUUUUUUUUUUUUGCUAUGCUCACAAUCAGUUUUUCUUUAUUAUUUUCAAGCUGCUGCGCCUCUUGAAAAACACCUGC